AUGGAAACAGGGAAUCAAACAAGACUGUCAUAUUUUAUACUUCUGGGAUUUUCCCAAGACUCAGAGCAUCAACCCAUCUUAUUCUGUCUUUUCCUGUCCAUGUACCUCAUUACUGUGUUGGGAAACCUGCUCAUCAUCCUGACCAUCACCUCUGACUCCCACUUCUACAUGCCAAUGUACUUUUUCCUCUCCAACCUGUCAUUGGCUGACAUCUGUUUCACCUCCACCACCAUGCCAAAGAUGCUGGUGAACAUCCAGACACAGAGCAAAGUCAUCACCUAUGCAGGCUGCAUCACCCAGAUGUGUUUUUUUAAUAUUUUUGGAGUUAUGGACACUCUUCUCCUUGCAAUGAUGGCCUAUGACCGCUUUGUGGCCAUCUGUCACCCCUUAUACUACACACUCAUCAUGAACCUCCAUCUCUGUGGCCUGCUGGUUCUUAUGUCUUGGUUCAUCAGCACAACAUACUCCCUGACCCAGAGUCUGUUGACAUUGCGGCUGUCUUUCUGUACCAACUGGGAGAUUUCACACUUUUACUGUGAACUUGCUCAGGCCCUCACCAUAGCCUGCUCAGACACACUUAUCAAUCAUAUCCUGCUCUAUAUGGGGACUACCCUUCUUGCCAUUGUUCCCUUCUUAGGGAUUCUUUGCUCCUAUAUUCGAAUUGUCUCCUCAAUCCUGAGAAUCUCAUCAGGACAUGGGAAAUAUAAAGCCUUUUCUACCUGUGGGUCUCACCUGUGCACAGUUUCUUUAUUCUAUGGGACAGGCCUUGGUGUGUAUCUCAGUUCUGAUGCAACUUCCUGGAGGAGCAUGAUUGCCUCAGUGAUGUACACUGUGGUCACCCCAAUGCUGAACCCCUUCAUCUACAGCCUGCGGAACAGGGACAUGAAGAGGGCUCUACAAAAAGUUCUUGGGAGAAAGCUCUAUGUUCUGUAA